AUGCCUUCAGGAUUUUCUGCAGGGAGCACGCGCUCCGAGGAUGGAAGCGAGGCCUUCCUGGAGGGAAUGGUAGAUUGGGAACUGAGCCGACUGCAGCGACAGUGCAAAGUGAUGGAGGGUGAAAGGCGGGCCUACAGCAAGGAAGUCCACCAGCGCAUCAAUAAGCAACUUGAGGAGAUCCAGCGCCUGCAGGAGCUGCGGGACAAACUUCAGAUGCAGAUCAGUGUUGCCCAGAGCCAGGUCAAGCGCCUGCGGGACAACGAGAGGCUGGAGAACAUGGGCCACUUGCUGAAGUGCCGGGCCCGGGUGCAGGCUGAGAUCAAGGAGCUGCAGGAGCAGACCAGAGCCCUGGACAGGCAGAUCAAGGAGUGGGAGACCCGGAUCGCUGUUCGCAGCAAGGAUGGCAGGAGCCCGGGAGUCCUGCUGGAUCAGAAGGCCAAGAUCCGGAAAAGGAUCAAGGUCAUGGAAGACCAGCUGGACAAGGUCACCUGUCGCUUUGAUAUCCAGCUGGUGCGGAAUGCAGCCCUGAGGGAGGAGCUGGAUCUCCUACUGAUUGAGAGGAAUCACUAUCUGAACGUGGACCGCAAACUGCAGAAGGAGAUCCAGCGCCUGCGGCACGCGAUCAGCGCCCUCAUGGCCUCCUCCACCUCGGCCUACACCGUCAGGGAGGAGGCGAAGACCAAGAUGGAUAUGCUGCGGGAGAGGGCGGACAAGGAGGUGGUCCAGAACCAGACGGAGGUGCAGACCUUGCAGCGGCAGAUCGCGCACUUGGAUCAGCUGCACCGCUUCCUCAAGCUCAAGAACGAUGAUCGCCAGCCGGAUCCGGCCGUCGUGGAGAAGCGCGAGAAACGGGCCCAGGAGGUGGCCGAGGGCCUCCGGAAGACCUCCCAGGAGAAGCUGGUGCUGCGGUAUGAGGACACCCUGAACAAACUGUCCCAGCUGACGGGGGAGAGCGACCCGGACCUGAUGGUGGACAAGUAUCUGGAGAUGGAGGAGCGCAACUUCGCUGAGUUCAACUUCAUCAACGAGCAGAACUCGGAGCUAGAGCGUCUGCAGGAGGAGAUCAAGGAGGUGCAGGCGGCCAUGGGGAGCAUGCGCGCCAGCGAGGCCACCCGGCAGGCGCUGCAGGCGGAGCGCCGCGCGGCGUUGCAGCAGAGCAUCGAAGGCGUGCGCUCUGAGGCGGAUCACCUCGAGGUCCGCUCCCAGGAAUUUCGGGGGCAGCUGGAGCAGCUCAAGGCCGGUAUCCAGCAGUUCUUCACCAGGGCCCGCUGUGACAGCACUGUCAUCGAUGACCUCCUGGGCAUCAAGACACACAUGCGAGACCGCGACAUAGGCCUCUUCCUGAGCCUCAUCGAGAAGCGGCUGGUGGAGCUCCUCACGGUGCAGGCCUUCCUAGACGUCCAGGGGCGCACCCCCGCCAGCUUGGCAAACGCCGCCCUCCUGGUGCUGGGCCAGACCUCCGAGGACCUGCCGAAGAAGGUGGCCCUGCCUCAGCUCCCGGACUAUCUGGAGGACCCCGUGGGCUUCGAGGCCAGGGACGACUACCCGAUGAGCAGGGAGGAGCUGCUGAGCCACGUGAAGAAGGCUGUGGGCGCCCGGGAGCAGCCCGUGAGGGAGCCGGUGGAGGUGAAGGCCAGCAGCGGCCAGAGCAUAGCCAUCUCCGGGGCCCAGAAGGCUGGCUCGGGCGCGCCCCUGGUGACCACCAAGAGCCCUGCUAUGUUCUCCGCGUCCGCCUUCAGCCAAAAGACUAGCGGCAUCCUGGUGUCCAGCGGGGGUCGUGCCACCAGCUCCAAUGUGGGCCGCGUCACCUUUGAUGACCCCAGCUCCAGUGCAGGCCGCGUGACUGAGACCAGCUCCACCAGUGCCAGCCCGGCCUCAACUGGGGGCCGCGUGACCUUCAGACCCCCCAGCUCGAGCAGCUAUCUGGGGUCCACGGGAUACGUGGAGUCCAGCAGAGGCCCCGAAAGCGUUGGAGGCGCGCAGAGUGGAGGCGCCAGGUCGGAACUGAGCGCUGACCCAGCCACCAGCACCGGCCCGGGCUCCAGCACCAGCAGAGACUCACAGAGCAACGAGUAG